AUGAAUGACGGUACACUCGUCAUUCGUGGAGGGAAGGUUCCGUCGCGAAAUGUAGGCGGUGUUGGUUUUGUUGUGCACCCAUCUGUCGUUCAUCUCGUCGAUUCUCACGAGAUCCUGUCACCUCGUCUGGCCAUUCUUCGCCUCCGCCCUCUGCACCAAAAAUCCAUCAGUAUCAUCAACUGCUACUCACCAACAUCAGCAGCUGAUGAAUCCGAAUUGGACGCGUUUUACGAGGAGCCGGAGGAAGUAGUCCGCAACAAGAAGUCCUUCUACAAAUUCGUUGUCGGAGACUUCAACGCAAAACUAGGAAAGACCACAGAAGAGGAAUACAGGAUUGGAAGAUUUGGACUAGGGGACCGGAAUGAAAAUGGCAAUCGUCUCGCCGGGCUGUUGUCCGCCGCUCGCCUCUUUCAUGGGAACUCUCUUUUCAUGAAAAAAGAUCGUCGUCGGUGGACAUGGGAAUCGCCCAAUGGCGCGACUCGUGCGGAGAUCGACCACAUACUCACCAACCGGAGGUGGUGUCUACUUGACGUUUCAGUAGUACCAUCCUUUUGUAGUGGUUCUGAUCACCGUCUCCUUCGUGCGAAAAUACGACUUAGCCACACGAAGGAAAAGAACAUCUGCUGUCGGCAACGAAGGAGAGAAGUCGUCUACGACGAUUGCGUACUCGAGGACUCCUUGUCCUAA